AUGAGUACCUCAAUCACUCUCUCAAAAGAUGAGAGUAGAAUCCCUGUUGAUCCUACUCGUAAUCAGGUUAUGAUUGAAAGUUUGCUAUAUUUAACUGCAAGUAGGCUAGAUAUUAUGUUCAGUGUUUGUGCAUGUGCUAGAUUUCAAUCUAAUCCUAUGCCAUCACAUCUGAGUGCUGUUAAAAGAAUUUUUAAAUAUUUGAAAGGGACAAUUGAUAUAGGACUAUGGUAUCCAAUGCAUAAUAAUUUUGAAUUACUUAGCUUUUCUGAUGCUAAUUUUGCUGGAUGUCAUAUUGAUCGCAAGAGCACAAGUGGUACCUGUUACUUUCUUGGAUCUUGUCUGGUUUCUUGGUUCAGCAAGAAGCAAAACUAUGUAGCACUCUCAACUACCGAAGCUGAAUACAUUGCAGCUGGAAGGUGCUGUGCCCAAAUCCUUUGGAUGCGUCAGACUCUUCAAGAUUAUGGAAUCCAAUUCAAUCCUUCUAAAAUAUUCUGCGACAGCACAAACACCAUCAAUCUCAGUAAAAACCCAAUUCUUCACUCAAGAGCAAAGCAUAUAGAUGUUCGCCAUCACUUUCUUCGAGAUACUGUUCUAAAGGGAGAAGUGGUCCUCGAACAUAUUGAAACUGCAAAGCAAGUCGCUGACAUCUUUACCAAACCGCUGUCUGAAGAAUAUUUCUGCAAUCUUCUACGCGAAUUAGGUAUGUGCAACCCUUUUCUCUAA